CUAAUUAGCCAGUCUCCUCUUGCUCGCCUCACUUGUCCACCGUGCAGAUCCAGGGACCAGGGACCUCGCCAGGGGCCCCGCACUCCCACCAGCUCCAGCUCCCAUCGAACCACAUCAGACGGCAGAACUGUGGGGUUUUUUGGAACUGCUGCUGCUUCUUUUUUUGGUUCACCUUGACACCUGACGACGCACGGCAAUUUUUACGCACAAACUGGUUUGCAGCAAACUUGUAUCCAUAUAGCGCCAGUCUUGUCUCUUUGACCUUCAUCAUUUCAUUAUAGUCUUGGGGUGAUUUCGAGUUGUUGUUGUUGUUGAGGAAACUUUAGAGAACAUUUACACCGAGUUCCGAAAUCUGUUGUGCCGUUUUUUACGCAUCAGGUUUGAGGCAGGUGCUUUUUUUCUACGCAAGUCUCAACCACAAGGUGUCUGUCUCGACGGCACUAAGUCAGAGAGGAACGGAGAAAGAAAAAAGGCCAGCGAGGAAAAUCAAAAAACAACAACUAAAGAAACAAACAAGCCUGCAUCAGUAAAAGAUUAACAGGGAGGGAGAGACAGAGAGAGGGAGAGAGAGAGAGAGAGAGAGAGAGAGAGAGAGAGAGAGAGAGAGAGAAGAGAGAGAGAGAGACUCCCCCCUGGAGACCAACUAGGAGACCCGGCCCCCGGCCAGAGAGAAGGAGAGAGAGAGCGAGGGAGUGAGGGAGUGUUUUAAAGCCGGCAGGAGGCAUGAUGUCCUACAUUAAGCAACCCCAUUACGCCGUGAACGGGUUAACGCUGUCCGGCCCGGGCAUGGAUCUGCUCCACUCCGCCGUGGGAUAUCCCAAUACCCCGCGUAAACAGCGUCGGGAGCGCACCACCUUCACGCGCGCUCAGCUGGACAUCUUGGAGGCCCUGUUUGCCAAAACGCGCUACCCGGACAUCUUCAUGAGGGAGGAGGUGGCGCUCAAGAUCAACCUGCCCGAGUCCAGAGUCCAGGUCUGGUUCAAGAACCGCCGAGCCAAGUGCCGCCAGCAGCAGCAGCAGAGCACGGGCCAGUCCAAACCGCGGCCCCCCAAGAAGAAGGCGUCCCCUGCUCGCGAUGCCAACAGUGAGGCGAGUGCCAACCAAGCCAACGGACCCUACAGCCCCCAGCCCCCUCCUCCGGGCACCUCCAUCACCCCCAGCUCAUCAGCCAGCGCCACGGUGUCCAUCUGGAGCCCGGCCUCCAUCUCUCCGCUGCCGGACCCCCUGUCCAACUCCAGCGCCCCCUGCAUGCAGCGCACCACCGCCUACCCCAUGACCUACACCCAGGCCCCCGCCUACAGCCAGAGCUACGCGGGGACCUCCUCCUACUUCACUGGCCUGGACUGUAGCUCCUACCUGUCACCCAUGCACCCGCAGCUGUCGGGCACCGGAGGAGCCCUGAGCCCCAUCACAGCCUCCUCGAUGGGCGGGCCCCUCAGCCAGUCCCCCGCCUCGCUCUCCUCGCAGGGCUACACCGCGGCCUCGCUGGGGUUCGGAGCUGUCGACUGUCUAGACUACAAGGACCAAGCUGCCUGGAAGCUCAAUUUCAACGCCACUGACUGUCUAGACUACAAAGACCAGAACUCCUGGAAGUUCCAGGUCUUGUAAAAUAACAGGAAGUGGGAGGUGGGUAUAGGGGUAAGGGGGGUGGAUUUAAAAAAAUGAAGAAAAAAAGAAAAAGGCGAGCAAUCAAACAAAAUCGAAGUGGAGUGAAUAACCCAAGAUUACUUUUUGUGUUGUAGAAGAAAGAGGAGAACUUGGGGACACAUGAAAAAUCAGUUAUUGAUCGUGUCAGUUGAAGAACCAAUCAGCUGAAAUAAUCUCUUUUUUUUUUUUUUUGCUGUUUCAGAAAAAAAUAUAUGUGUGGAAGUAAACUAAUCUGUCGAUGUAGAGUUUUUAAAAGUUUCAACAUUGUAUAGCGGUCUGACUUGAAAUCAAAGAAAAACUAAAUCUUUACAAUGGAAUCAGAGAACAGCUGUUAAGGCUCCAGAAGAAGGUUCAAAUCACUGCAACCCAUAGAAACAACAACAACCAAUGACGAGACAAUUCAAAGUGAACACGUCACAUGCAUCAUUCUGAUCAAAAAUAUGUUCUUGUAUUUGGUUUGAUUGAUAAAUACGAAUCCAGAAACUGGACUUGGACUUCGACCAAAUCUGAAGCCGAGCUUAAUUUUUACUGUCACAGCACAACAAUAAACGAAAAGUUCAACUCAAAGCCUUGAAAUCGACACGUUCGACCGACGACAUCCCGAAGCUUGUGUCUGUUUCUUCCUCCUAUAGACUUUUUGUCUGUGAUGUAUUUCUGCUUCUCCUCAUCGAGCGGACUGGAAAGUAACCCAAGAACUAACUAACUAACUAACUAACUAACUAACUAACUAACCAACCAACCAACUGACUAACUAACUCACGACGCAGGCAGACUCGAAGGAGGCCACUAAAAUGAGCAGACAGACGCCGAUGAUUCCCAGUAGCCUUGUGUGAUACUGACCCGCUGCAGCCUGGGCGAUGGGAGCAGACGGGUGGGGGGUGGGGGGGGGGGGAUUGGUCACCGCGGACGGUGUCUGCAGUACAAACCUGUUGCCUUUGAGCAUGGUCGUAAUCAUUAGCCAGAAUGGCUCGUACACUGUCGGUUUAAUAGGAUCACUCGCCGGACAAUUUGGGCAACAAUGGUCAUAUUGUGGUGACCCCCCCUCCCUCCUCCCUCCUCCAUCCUCAUCCUCCUCCUCCUCCUCCAUCCUCCUCCUCCUCCUCACAGGAUUCGCAUGAGGAUUGUCGAAAGCAGUUCUGAAAAAUCUACAGAGGACUUCAUCGAUGUUGUUAUUUUUAGUGUUAAUAUUAUUAUUAUUUUGGCUUUAGCGAGGUGUCUGAUGGGAGAGAAGGCUGCACCAGAGAAAGGGAAGGGGACUGGGCCGCCAGGCUGCAGCCCCCCGCCCUCCCCCCCGCCCCCUUUGCACAGAGAGUAUGGUGCCUCUCUCAAUUCCAACCUGUAAAGAUGUGAUGGGUACCACUUUAUGUGUUUGAUGUAUUGUCUGGUUCUUUUUUGUAUUAGACUUAAACAAUAUUAUGUUUCUUUAAAAAAAAAAAAAUUGUGAAUUCGUCGAAGUAAAAAAAUUGUGGUAAUUUGUUUUAAACUUGACAUUAUUAUCAGUAUUCUUAGUAUCAUCAUUAAUAUUAUGUCUUCAGCUGACAUGGGCAUUUGCUAAUAUUCUUUUUUGUUUGUUUGUUGUCAUUUUGUAAAUAUCAAAACUUGAAAAUGCAAUCAUGUGUUGUCACAAAGGCGCUCCACCCAACACAAUCUCUCUUUCUUACUUUCUAGAAAACUGCCAACUUUUUAUUUUUUCUGUUUAUAUUUCUCUUGUUUCUGCUUCUUCUUUUUUUUUCUUCUUUUUUUUCAAACUCAGGGGUUUGUCCAAUAAAAGUAGCAGUGAUAGAAUACAAUGCUCAUCAUGCUUCUUAAUCAUUUACUGUACUUUUAUCUUUUGCAUUGCUGUAAUCUUUCUCUGCUUAUUUUUCUGACAUGAAUUAUUUUGUAUAUUUCAUUUGUCUCCCGUGUUUGGCCAGUCUCACCACUACCAUGCUAGAUAGCUAUGAUGUUUCUGAGACAUUAAAACGACUUCAUUAAAA